AUGGAUGACAGUAAAGGAGAAACUACCAAGAAACAACAGCAUUUAUCGACUUCUCCGAAUGACCCAGAUCAAGAAUCAACAGAAACCACCCCACCGCCGCCACAAAGUCACCAGCAACCACCGGGAAUAGUGGUUUCUGGUGGCGCUUCGUUUAUUCCUCCGCCUUUGUACAUCCCAAGUGGUGGAACUCCGGUUUCACUUGAACAACAUCAGCAAUUUGAAGCUUUCAAUCCAAAGAGACCAAGAUACACAACAGGUCAAUGGAAAUUAUUGCCAUCUCCAUCUCAGCAAAAGCAAAGCCAGUUAAAUAUAUUGAGCACCGAAACAAGCCCUUCUCCUUCAGGACCCACAACUGCCACUGCCGCCGCAAAUCGACCACCACCUCAGCCUCAGAACACGACUGCUUCAUCAUCAGACACGACGUCAUCUCCUUCUCAUUCUCCUCAUCGGUUUGCCGCCUCCGGCCAGGAAACCAGCAAGCCUCAGGAUGAACAAGUAUUUCGCCAACAGUUCAGAAAGGGCAAGUAUGUUAGCCCAGUUUGGAAACCUAAUGAAAUGCUGUGGUUGGCGAGGGCUUGGAGGGUUCAGUAUCAAGGUGGAUCCGAAGGUUCAGUCUCUUCAGUAGAGGGUGCUGCAGCCUCUGUAGGUGAAACGGCGACGGGAAGGGGGAAAACACGAGCUGAUAAAGAUAAAGAGGUUGCUGAUUUUUUGAAUAGGCAUGGGGUGAAUAGGGAUGCCAAGACUGCCGGUACAAAAUGGGACAACAUGUUGGGUGAAUUUAGAAAGGUUUAUGAAUGGGAGAGGGGAGGUGAGCGAGAAGUGGGUAAAAGUUAUUUUAGACUCUCCCCCUACGAGAGGAAACUUCAUAGAUUGCCUGCUUCGUUUGAUGAAGAAGUCUUUGAAGAGUUGGCUCAGUUCAUGGGACCAAGAAUGAGGACUCCACAAAGUAGAGGUGGCGCAGCAGUUAUUCCCGGCGGUGAUGACAGCCGGUUACCUUUUACUACCGGCCACAAGUCUUUGCCUCAACAGCAACCUACAUUGAGAGAUGAUGACCCACUAUCUGCAAGGACAAAGCAGCUGGUAGUUACAAGUGGAGUAGGAGAGCAGCAAUUUUACCAUGGAAUAAGAGGAAGCUUAUUAGGGUUAGAAAGCUCUUCAUUAGAAAUUGCAGGUGCAUCCUCAUACUCAACCUCAUCCAAGGAGCCUCGCAGAAUCGGCAAAAUAAGAAUGUUAUGGGAAGAAUCGGUAAACCUUUGGGGUGAAGAAGGUGAACAUAGUAACGUGGGUAGGGUUAAGCUUCAAGGUUCAAGCUUUUUGAACGCAGAUGAACUGACAUUUCUGGAUGAUUCUAUGGUGGUUUGUACAAUGGAAGCCUUUGAAGAUGGACCUCUCAAAGGCUUUUCUGUGGAUAGAUUCGUUUCUGGACAGCAAGUCAAAGUCUUUGGCAGAAGAAAAUCUUCCAUAGCUCCUGCUCCUUCUGGUUUUAAUGAAAGAUCCCAGCUUCGUUCCACAGAGCUCCCUGUUAGAUCUAUUCCUCCAUUGGAAUUUCAAGAUCCGACGGAGUACUACGUGGGGUGCCUGCGAGUCCCGCCUGCAACGCUACCGAGUUUGUUUGAACUCUCGUGGCACUUGCAAGAGCCGCCCCCAGAAGAGCUUCGGUUUCCAGUUCGGAAAGAUGCGUACAGAGAUUUGCCUCAAGGGAAAGAACUAUUCUUUACUACCUCUACAGAACUAUUAGACUGUAGAGCAAUAACAUACGACAUUUUGAGCCCAAUUAUGCGACCAAACCCUAGUCUUAGUGGUGCAACAUCUACUAGUAGAGAUUCAUUCAUUGGCCUAUGGGAUGAUUGCAUAAAUAGGAUCAUUUCCAAAUUCUGUUCCAUUGAAAUGGUCUUCAUUCGAAAAUCUUCAUCUUCGUUAGCAGAAACUGUAAAAGAUCAAUGGCCUAAUGUAACUGGUUUCGUAAGAAAUUUCUGCUUGUGGAGAGGAGAAGAAACUGAUCAAUUAAGGGAAGGCCACCUUGAUCCCUCCAAUUCCAUUGUUGACAAGCUUUUGUGGACCUAUAUGGAUCUUCCUUACGUUCUUGGAUACUAUGCUGUUGGCUACAUUGUAACAUUUUGUGCGCUAAGCCGAUCAGAGGAUCGUGUUAUAAGAACUGAUCUUUACACGAUUGACCUAUCUACACCGGUGGAGAGAACAAAAGCCCUAGUCCCAUGCUGGAGAAUCGCAGGUUUAUUGCCAUUGUUAGCUGAUAGAUGCUAUAAUUUCAUCACCAAUGGCAAUAGCUAUAAGAUGGUACCUUAUAGUGAUUUCGAAAGAAUCGAUUUAGGGGAUGGGAAUAUCAUGGAAUUGACACCAAACACAGUGAACAGAUUAUUCUCAAGUAAAAGAAAAUGGGCAGCAGUGAAGGAAAUUUAUGAUUUUCUUGAUCACAGAAUCCCACAUGCUGAAUUUAUUAUCCGAUCUUCAGAAAAAGAUUUGGCAAUGUUGCUCAAGCCUAGAGGUUUCAAAUUUAGGCCAGCAAAUUGUGGUCAAUUAAUUGAGGCUCUAAAGCAUGUGACAAAAGCAUUGGUUGCAUUACAUGAUCUUUCAUUCAUGCACAGAGACUUAAGUUGGGACAAAGUAAUGAAGAGAAUCGAUAGAGAGAAUGAAUGGUUUAUUACGGGCUUCGACGAGGCGAAGGGUGCUCCACAGUUGUACCCCCACGGUGGGCCGUCGACUGGAAGGCACGCACCGGAGAUGGGGCGGGGCUUGCAUGGGGUGAAGGUAGACGUGUGGGGAGUAGGUCAACUAGUAAAGACUUGUGGAUUGGUGGGCGUGCCUAAAUUGCUUAGGGAGUUGCAGAACAGGUGUUUGGACCACAACCCAGAGCAGCGGCCGACGGCGGCGGACUGCUACCACCACCUGCUGCAGCUUCAGUCUUCAAUGUCAGCUGCCGCUACCGGAGGUUAUUGA